AUGGUGGCUUCAGCAGCUACUGCCAUUUUCCUCACAAUACUACUAGUUUUGAUCCACAGGUUGAGCAAAGUCGGCCAAAGACCGAAAGGGUACCCUCCCGGCCCGCCGACGCUCCCUAUUCUUGGGAACAUUCACCUGCUUCCCAAGGAGAAGGGCCACCUUCAGUUCCAAAAGUGGGCAGAGGAGUAUGGCCCCGUAUACUCGCUGAUGCUGGGAACCAAGGUGAUGAUUGUGCUCUCAUCGGACCAGGCCAUCAAGGAUUUGUUAGAUAAACGUAGCAACAUUUACUCGUCCAGACCAGAAAUGUACCUCGGCCAAAUCAUCAGUGGCGGGUUCCGCAUGUUGCUGAUGGAAUAUGGAGAAACAUGGCGCAUGAUCCGAAAAAUUGUGCAUAACAAUCUGAAUAUCAAAGCGUCGCGUACCUAUGUGCCCUAUCAGGACCUGGAAAAUAAGGCCAUGCUUAUGGGUUUCCUCCAGACGCCCAACCUAUUCGUUGACCACAUUCGUCGUUAUACAAACUCUCUGACUACUCAGAUGAUUUUCGGUUUCCGCACCACAAGCAUUGACGACCCCAAGCUCAAGCAGCUCUUCCAUGGGUUCGAGAAGUUCUGUGAGGUCACCGGCACUCAGACGGCAGCACUCUUAGACGUCUUUCCGUUUCUCCGCUACCUCCCCGAUGCUCUCCUUCCUAUGAGAAGAUACGCCAAGGAGCUUCAUAGCAAGGAAUACGACCUGUAUGUAGGUCAUUACUUAGACACCAAGAAGAAACUCCGAGAUGGCCGAGCGAAGCCGUGCUUUUGCGUUGACCUGGUAAAGGCACAGGAUGAAGAAGGAUUUUCUGAUGGGAUCGCCGGUUAUGUGAGCGGAUCACUGCUUGAAGCAGGCUCCGACACCACAUCUGCGACUCUGGUAGGCUUUGUACAGGCGCUGAUGAUCUUUCCUGGAGUUGUCCAAGCGGCACAGGCCGAGCUGGACACCAUAUGCGGAGAACGGCUCCCCGACUUGAAUGAUCUGCCCAACCUCCCCUACAUUCGAGGCUGUAUGAAGGAAAGUAUGCGAUGGAUGCCGACUGAUAUCCUUGGUGUGCCGCACGCUGUGAUUCGUGACGAUGAAUACAUGGGAUACAAGAUUCCUAAAGGAGCGGGGGUCAUGUGGAAUGUCUGGGCUGUAGCGAACGACUCUCGAAGGCACCCCAAUCCGCGAGAGUUUGAUCCCACUCGUUGGGCAAACGAUCAUCAGACAUCGGCCGAAGCAGCUUCCAACUCGGAUCCUACCAAACGUGAUCAUUUCGUUUUCGGUGCUGGCCGGCGUCUAUGCCAGGGAAUGCAUAUCGCAGACCGCUCGCUGUUCCUCGCAAUCUCGCGUCUUCUUUGGGCCUUUGACUUUCGCAGGCCCGUUGACGAGACAGGCCAGGAGAUUGUACCUGACAUGGCCGAUCUGACCGAGGGACUGUUCGUGCUGCCGAAACCAUUCAAGGCUAUUAUCACACCACGAAAUACCGCGAAGGCUGAAUGCAUCCGCCACGAGUGGGCGAAAACCGAAGCAGAUCUUCUGGAUGACGAGCUUCAGUGGAAGGUGGUCCCUGACGGCUUGAUCUGGAAGGAUUAUGAACCAGCUGAAACUGAGUAG